AUGGGAUCAAAUGAGUCGUCACCUGUUCCUGUGAUACUUCCCAUUCAGAUCAUGAGAAUCGGUCAGCUGGUUAUCUUGUGUGUUCCUGGAGAAUUCACAACAAUGGCCGGCAGGCGGUUACGCGAUGCUGUAAAAGAUGUACUGAUAAGCGGCGGCAAUGGUGAAUUUAAUGCCAAAGUUCACAUUGUUCUUGCGGGGCUGACAAACACAUAUUCUCAGUAUGUUACAAAAUUUGAAGAGUACCAGGUUCCGCGCUUCUCUGGUGCGUCGACAUUGUACGGUCCCCAAACCUUGAGUGCAUACAUUCAAGAGUUUCAGAAAAUUGCCACGGCUAUGGACCCUAUGGUUGCAAACAAAGGAUCCCACCAAACAAACACCCUACCUCCUGACAUGUUGGACAAGCAAAUUGGACUGCUAUUAGUUGUCAUUCUCGACUCGACUCCUCCUGGUGUUCACUUUGGGGAUGUCAGCUCCGACAUCACAGCAAACUCAGACUUUCGGAAGGGCAGUACCGUGAAUGCUACGUUCCAUACGGCCUGUCCAAGGAAUGAUCUUCUAACAGACGGUACCUUCGCGCUCGUUGAGAGGCUGAAUGGUGACAACUGGAUUCCUGGCUACGACGAUGAUGAUUGGUCUUUGCGAUUCAAGUGGUCGAGGCCUUCGAAACUCAGUCCGGAGAGCUUUGCGACGCUGGAGUGGACCAUUCCUGAAGAUGUUGUCCCUGGUGUUUAUGGGCUAUGGGAUUUUGGUGCCUCCAAGCCGCUGAUAGGGUCGAUUGAGCAUUUUACAGGUACCUCUCGCGCGUUUGCAGUGCGUUAA